GUGUGCAAUGGCGAAUGUGUAUUGUGGAGGCCGCUUGUGCGUGCCGUCAAACUGGUAAUUGUAUGAUAAUUUUAGUGACGAUUAAAUGUUUUGAAGUGUAAUUCAUUUAAGUCGAGCGAUUAUUAAUCAUCUUCUAUCUUUCAAUAAUUAAUUAAUAAAUAAUUAGGUAAUUGUAAAAUAUCAUAACAGUGCGCGCGCGAAAAUUCGGCGACGUGUGUGUAUUUGUUUAAUACAGUAAAAUUUUCAUUCCCCAGAUACUUUUUCAACACAUAACUGACAAUAAAGUUUACAAUGUUGUAAAUACCAAUUAAAAUUAUAGGUCAAAUAAAAAAUUAUUUCGAAAAUUGUUUGAACGAAAAUCUUAACCUUAAAAGAUGGUUUUGAUAAUUCAUAAAAAAUGUACUUAGGUUAUUACAAAGUGUUUUUCGCAGCAAAUUGUGAAUAGACAAGGCUGAAGGAUAGAAAUAGAGAUAGGCAUAGAACGAGAAGGAACAUGAAAGCAGUGCCGUAAACAUCACGGGCUUAAUUGUACUAAAUGGAUAAUAGAAAGAGACUGUAAUAUAUUUAUGUGAGUGUAAAUGCGAUAGCAAGAAAGACCAACGUUUGUAGAUAAAGGUUUACAUUACACCCGCGUAGCGGAAAGCCGGAGAAAGAUAGACGGACAGAAGAGGGCCCCCGCGAGGGUUGCGUUCACGGAAAACCCGCGCGCGGAUUUCCACGCUCUGAAAAAUAUUGAUAGAGAGGAAAAUAAAAUUGUUUAGUCAAAGAAUAAGAAGUUUCUGUCAGUAUUUGAUACUUAAAACGUCGCAAACUUAUCGGCAAGGUCCUGAAAAGGUUAAAAACUCGAAAAGUAACCACCCUAAAACGCCGGGAAGGUUAGUUAGAAAUACUGAAGAACAGUGGACUCUAGAUGGUGUAUUCGAAGUGAAAAAAGUGACAAUUUCAUAGUGUUUCGUGUGUGGCGAGACUUUGGAAACACUAAAGAAGUGAAGCAGUUGGAAUCUUAGAAUAGGAUUGAAAAAAAAAAUAAAUUAUCGGAGAUUUUGAGAUAAAUAUAUAUUUUUUUUUAAUAAAUUAAUUAAAACAUAAAUCUAUCGCGGGACCCCCCUGCUCGUAGGGUAAUACGGUGUUAUGAAAAAAUGAUGUGAUCGACGGUCAUCAUGGCGGCACCCAUGUUAAAGUGGAAACGAAUCACAAAUCCAAGCGGACCUCAACCAAGACCCCGUCAUGGACAUCGGGCUGUUGCCAUUAAAGACCUUAUGGUCGUCUUUGGAGGUGGCAAUGAGGGGAUCGUGGAUGAGCUUCACGUUUACAAUACAGCCACAAAUCAAUGGUUUGUCCCAUCGACCAAAGGAGACAUCCCUCCAGGAUGUGCUGCUUAUGGAUUCGUUGUGGAUGGAACGAGAAUCUUAGUGUUUGGUGGUAUGGUAGAAUAUGGAAAAUAUUCAAAUGAACUCUAUGAACUUCAAGCAAGUCGUUGGGAAUGGAAAAGAUUAAAACCUAAACCACCCAAAGAUAGCCCACCUCCUUGUCCAAGACUUGGACAUAGUUUUACUUUGAUAGGAAAUAAAGUCUUCCUCUUUGGAGGUCUAGCAAAUGAUAGUGACGAUCCAAAAAAUAAUAUUCCUAGGUAUUUAAAUGACCUUUAUACCUUGGAGCUUCUUCCUAACGGCCAAUGUGCUUGGGAAAUUCCCGAAACUCAUGGUCCAGCCCCUCCACCACGAGAAUCACAUACAGGAGUGGCUUAUACUGAUCGUACAACCGGAAAAUCCUGCCUUGUUAUCUAUGGAGGAAUGAGUGGAUGCCGUUUAGGUGAUUUAUGGUUUCUGGAUGUUGAUUCCAUGACCUGGAACAAACCAAUCGUUCACGGACCAACACCUCUUCCUCGAUCAUUACAUACUGCUACUCUUAUCGGUCACCGGAUGUAUGUAUUCGGUGGUUGGGUGCCUCUAGUUGUUGAUGACAUCAAAGUCGCUACUCAUGAAAAAGAAUGGAAGUGCACGAGUACUUUAGCAUGUUUAAAUUUAGAAACAUUGACUUGGGAACAAUUAACUGUAGACUCUUUGGAAGAAAAUGUCCCUCGAGCUCGUGCUGGUCACUGUGCAGUCGGGAUUCAUAGUAGACUUUAUGUCUGGUCUGGGAGAGACGGUUAUCGUAAAGCAUGGAACAAUCAGGUAUGCUGCAAAGACUUGUGGUAUCUUGAAGUCAGUAAACCUCCAGCACCACCCAGAGUCCAAUUGGUUCGAGCUUCAACGAAUUCUCUUGAACUUAGUUGGACUCCAACGCCGUCCGCUCAAUACUACAUUUUGCAAAUACAAAAAUAUGAUAUGCCACCUUCAACUGGACCAUUCCCAGCUGCUACACCUGCUUCGACAACACCUGUAGUUCCUCCAGUAACAACUCCAGCUAUUACACCAGCUCCAACAGCUGAAAAAAUUCCAGUAACAACUACACCUAUUCAAGCUUCUACCCCGGUUCCAACAACACCAACUUUACCACUUCCAACACCUACACAACCGGUAACUACUGUAAUCACUCCAGUUGCAGCCUCUGCAACUCCAGUACGAGCUGCUAUUGCUCAAAGUCCAGUGAGAGUUCAAACUCCAGUUCAGAGUCCAACAGUUAGACCAUUAACAAAUCCAGUGGCUAAACCAACAGCUCCACUAACUCCUCGAGUUGCUGCUGGCAAUGUAAUAAGAAUUCGAUCACCUAUCGUUACUCCAGUUUCAUCAGUUGCUUCAGAACAGGCUCCUACUACUCCGGUAGCUACUACAGCUGGUCAAUCUCCAACAGCGAUGUCUGGAAUAGCUGCUUUAGCAGCAGCUGCUGCAGCGACUCCUAAAAUUAGUAUGAAUAAUGUCCCAAGUAACGUGGUAUCACAAACUUCAACUAACACCGUCCGGAUAAAAACCGCUCAACCUGGACAACAGAUUAGAUUUGCGGCCCCGGGAGCUACAGUGUUACGAGCAGCCUCUCCUCAACAAAGUAAACAAAUUAUUCUUCAAAAACCUGGUCAAAAUAUAUCAGGACAACCUCAGAUCGUUCAUUUACUUAAAACUGGUCAAGGUAUGGUAGCCAGUGUACCAAAAGUAAGUUUAAUUCCAGGAAAAACCGUACAAACUGCCGGAGGCAAACCUUUAAAUCAAGGACCAACAAUUUUGCGACUUGUGGGUCCUAAUAGCGUUGGUGGGUCUAAAAUUUUAACAACUGUGAAAACUUCUAAUCUUGUUGCAAUGAGCAAAGGUCAAGGUAUUGCUGGCAAACAGACGAUAAUGAUUACUAAGCCAGGUGGAAAUGGAGGAUUAGUGGGUAGAACUAAUCAGAUCAUUGUAGUUACUACAGGGUCUGGAUUAAGGGCUGUUCAAGCUGUUACAACAUCUCAAGCAGGUCAAGGAGGGACAAUAACUACUCCAGUUAAUGUAUUACCUUUGUCAGCAGCAAAUCACGUGACAAAUCAACAAGGGGUUAAAAUGAUUGUGGUUUCAUCAGCCGCUAUGGGUGGUGGAACGGGAGGAAAGCCCAUCACAAUAACAGUUCCUGGUCACGGAGGAGUUCCAAAAACUGUUACAAUUGCUACGAAAGGUAGUCAGCAAACAAUUUUUAAUCCUUCAAAAACUCAAAUUAUGACUGUUCCUGGAAUUCAGAAAGCUACUGAUGUAACUGGAAAACCUGUUACUCUUCAAAUGUCUGGUGGUCUUGGUGCUAAAACUGUAACUCUAGUGCCUACCAGUAGUUCCAUCGUCACUACCUCUGUAUCUGGGGAUUCAAUAGACACAAGUAAAAUGCUAUUCGUUCCUCAAAAACAGCCCUCAGCUACACUGGCAUCGACAUCGGAUGGGCCUGCGACAACAGAUGCAGCCUUAGCAGCUUUAGCUGCUGAAGCUGGACUUAUUGAUCCAGUUCAAGAAUCUUCUGGACUUAAUUUUAUGGUGACUGAUGAUACUGGUGAUGAAAAAGCAGAAGACAGUUGUAACGGAAAUGAAGCAACUACUACAGCUGCAUUGGUGUCUCAAUUAAGUGCUGGUGAACCUAUGCAAGUUGAUGGAGAUGGAAAUUUUGUUAUACCACAAGUUGAUGGACCUGUAGAUAUAUUAUCUUCUGAUGAUGAAGGAGAAGAUCCAAAAGUUGAAGAAGAAUCAACUAUGCAGCAAUCAACUGCAUCACCAGAUCCGCCACAGCAAGACAACCAAGAACUAGAGCAAGAUGUCAAUCCAUCAAUUACUGAAGAUGCUCCUCAGAUAGAGGAAUCUACAGAGAAAGAAGAUAGAAAUCAAGAAAAUGUUGAAAAAAUUACGGAAGAAAGUGAAGAUAUAGCAGAAGGAGAAGGAAAUAGUGAAGUUCCGAUGGAAGCAAGUGAACCAGAUUUACCAUCAGAAAGUGACAUGCAGAUUGUUAGUAAUGCUCCAUCAGAGUGCUCAUUAAAAUCAGAAUUAUCUGAACUCCAACCAACUGAAUCGAUCGAUAAUAAAACAGAAAGUGAUAAUUUAGAAGAUAAAUUGGAAACAGAAUGUGAAGAUAAAUUAAAUGAUUCGGAAGUUGUUCAAGAAACUGAAGAAAAAGAAUUGAAAAAUUCACUAAAUGAAACUAGGGAAGAAAAAGAUAAAAUUGGUGAUGACAAUGAAGAAGUAGAAAAACUUGAAACACCUCUAACUAGUAUUGAUAAUGACGUAGAAAUGAGUAGAGAAUCUUCUUUACAAGCAAAAGCUGAUCCUGAAAGUGAAUCCAUGGAUGUUGACGUACCAAUAAAAAUAGAAGCAGCACCAUCGCCACCAACACCAGUAAAGCAAACUAAAAUUCCAAUGGAAACUGAAGAGCCGAUUAGUGAAAAAAAUCCACCAGCCACUACUGUAGCUAACGGUCGAGUUACAGCUGAACCUGACACUGACUCGUUGCAGAAAUCAAAUGCAAUAAUAAAGCCUGAAGUCAAAGAAGAGCCGAAGAAAGAAAUUUCGAAGACAGAAAAGGAAAAUGAUUGCAGAGAAAAUGACGAUUCCACUGCAUUGACAACAUUAGCAACUGCAGCUCUAGGAUCUGCAGAACAACCUGUAAAACCAACAGUGAAACCAGAACUUACGGAAGAAGAAAAAAAAGAUUUAGAUUGGUAUGAUGUUGGAGUUGUUAAAGGAAACACGUUUACAGUUCAACAUUAUUAUCUACCCGGUGACAGUCCUCUUGACAUGUCUUUACCUUUGGCAGAUAUAUUUAAAGGAAGAGCUAAAGUACCUUUAGAGUCUGGUACAGCAUAUAAAUUUCGAGUAGCUGCUGUUAACAGUUGUGGAAGAAGUCCGUGGAGUGAGGUGUCUGCAUUCAAAACGUGCCUACCAGGAUAUCCUGGUGCUCCGAGUGCGAUAAAAAUUUCCAAGUCAGCGGAAGGUGCUCAAUUAUCUUGGGAGCCACCUCCAAGUAAUUUAGGACCUAUUUUAGAGUACUCGGUAUAUCUAGCUGUUAGAAGUGCUAGUGCAGUAUCAAAUAGUGCUGGAGAAGCAACAACUGUUGCAACGACUUCUACUCAACUGGCAUUCAUUCGAGUUUAUUGUGGACCUAACAACUCAUGUUCUGUUCCUAACAGUUCGUUAAGUGCAGCACACAUGGAUGUAACGACAAAACCAGCUAUUAUUUUCAGAAUAGCAGCGAGAAAUGACAAAGGAUAUGGACCUGCCACUCAAGUGAGGUGGUUGCAGGAUCCAGCCACAGCAGUUAAAAGUAAUCCUCAAAUAAAACGAUCAGUAGGUGAUGCACGUUCAGUAGCUAAUUCUCCUUUGAAAAAAGUGAAACAAGAAGCUGAUAAAGAUUACUCGUGAGUUGUUUUUUCAUUAAUUUUUUCAUCAAGUCCUGCUCGACAAACAAAUCAACUCCCCCAUUAUUUUGUUCAAUAUCGAAAUUUCAUAACUCAACAGUAAUUUUUAUUUUCUCGCUGAUACGCACGCCUAAUAAGUAUCACAAUUUAUAAUUUAAUAACUACUAAUUAAUAAUUAUCAUUAAUAUUAUAAAAAGUGAAGUAAUUAAUAUAAACAAUCAACAAAACAAUGUAAUGACUAAACUCUUGAAUCGCUCGUAAUUUUAUUUCCUCUUUAAUUAAUGCGAACGAACGUUUGAGUGUAAAAAUACUAUGUAAUAAGAGAUGAAUAUGUGAUUAGAAAAAAAAUUUAAUAAUAAUUCUAUUAGAGUCUCUCCGUUUAUGGAAAAUUUUCUUCCAUUUAUUUUUUGUAUGAGUGUCUUAUCCAAAAAUUUAUUAAUAAAAUAAUUAAAACAAUUAAAAAUUAAACGAGGUACGCCAAGUGUUCGAUUUAAAACGAAAUCACAUCGGUACAACAGCCUCAAUUCCUUCGCUUAAUUACAAAAAAAAUACUUUAAUCGUCAUUUAUAAAUACUUGAAGCCCCUCAGUAAUUAAUCAUUAGAUCCAUUGAACAUAAUUUAUAAAUAAUAAUAAAAAGGCGUGAUAAAACUGCAUUUUUAAAAUUUCUAUUUGUAAUUAAUUACUUUCUAUAAAAAGAAAAGUUUUACAAUACAUAUCGUGAUUACCUUGAGCAUGAAUUAAUAAAAAUCAAGUUGAAUGAUUAUUAAAUUAAAUAAAUUACCAAACAAUAAUAACUUGAUUUUUGAUGCUAUAAUCAUCGAUAUUAUAUCUAUAACAAGUGGUAGUAAUAUGACCAAUAAUAAAAGUAAACAAAUAAUAGGGGGAAUAUUGGAUAUUUUUGUAUGAGUAAUGGGAUUAUUUCCAACUACAAAAAGAAAAUAAUCAAUUUCUCUUCUUAUUUUUAUUUCAAAUAUUUGUAAAA